AUGCAGUAUCCCUCCCUCCCUCUACGUAUAUGUAUGAGUGUCGGUGUGUAUUUGUAUAGAGAUGCAGUAUUCCUCCUGCUUUUGUGUGUGAGUCCUUAUAUUUAGUGUAUCCCUCCAAACGUCAGCAUUUCACAGAAGCCCUAUCCUUAUUCUAAUCGUCUUUAUAUGCCUCACCUCAUAACUAAAAGUCUUCCACUCAUAACCUCAACGUAACACGUCUUAUCUUAACCUUAUGCGAUCCAUUGCUUCAGAAACUAACCAUAAACUUUCUAAUCUAUAACACCAUAACAGUUGACUAAAGACAUGAAUUAUAAUAAAACAUUCUCUGUAACUGACCCGCAGUUGAGUGAGUCUUCCGAGUGUUCUCUUCAGUGGUGUCUCUUCCACCAGCCAUGCUGGGUGCAGUUUUAGGAUCUCACACUAAUCACAUCCCCAAAACAGCUAUUCUCCUGGCUCUGCCUCUUCUCUGGCUGACUCAGCUGUCUUGUGGUUAUGACCUAAGCCACUUUUAGCAUUCAGGUCAGCCACGCAAAUGUGAUCAGUGUGGUUCCAGUGUUUCAUAACUCUAUCCGGAGCAUAGAAAUCGUAUUAAAUUACUAUUCUAAUUCCUAAUUCUAUGAUCAGGAUUACCUACCAGUGGAUUGGGACUGGUAUUGUUCCAGUGAAGGUUUCGGAUUUCACACAGUUUGUUUGUCUCAAAUGCCAGUUCUUUCUCAUUAGCCUGUAGUGUUUAAAGGGGCAAUCUGCAGUUGCUACAUCAAUUUUUAGACUUUUAGUCCCUGUAUCCAUAGCUCUGUCCAUGAGUUUGAGAGUGGCUACAUUUCUCCAGCACCAUGCCUCAGCUGUUAUUGUUCAAACUGCAGAUUCCCCCUUUGAAGGACAGGGAAGGAGCAGAGGGAAGCAGGGCCAGUGUAGCCAAUACCAAAGGUUAUAGGUUCUACUUCUAAUCUUCUUUCAGUCAACAAAUCAGAACCUGGUCUUACAGAACAAAGUUCCACUUGCUCGUUGUCAUGGCAGUGGGAUUUUAUUUGACCCUGCAACAGCUGCCAUGGUAACAUGGUAGUAGACCAGCUUUUUGGGAAUAUGUGGGAACAGACUUUUAUUAGUAACUGUUUAGCAACCAUAACCAUUUCAUUUUCUACUUAAACUCUGAGGAUAAUGAAAGACAGUAAGGCAACACAUUACCCAUGUGAACUAUCGUAUGCUGCCUGUCAUAAGUAUGAAGUUGACCUCCUGAACUAUACGUUCUGUGUUAUUUGCGUUACAGAGAAUAAGACAGUUGGAAGACAUGAUUGAGAUGCAAAAGAGACAAGUAAAGGAAAUAGAAGAAAAGGUAUAUAUGUCAUGUAGAGGUUCUGAGUGUUAUGGGAGCAUGUAGUCUGACUUUUUAGUUUGAAUUAUUAAAGAUAACAUUAACACUUGUCUUCCUCUCUCCUUUUAUGACCAUUCUUUAAAAUUAUUUUCUUUUUUUAGUUUUUGUUCCUCUUUUUGUUUUUCUCUCUAGCUUUUAUUCUUUGGCCUUAAUGACACUGACCGACAACAG